GCAACUGUUUUGAAAGCUUUGAUCGCGGGAAAAGAUUGAUUCAAGGAGAUAAACAAAUGCCUCCAAGAAUGCAAGCUACUGCAGGAUUGUUGGAUACACCUGCAAGCAACAUGGAUAUGAAUGAAGAAUAUGAGCAAGAUACACCUACAAGCAACACAGAUAUGAAUGAAAACAAUGAAUACCCUGGGCCUAGAAAUGAACCAGGUCAAAUGAAUGAAUACACCUUGAUGAUGAGAAUGAUGACAUACAUGAAGAAACAGGACAGAUUGAUGGAAAUACUCAUAUAAAAACUAGGUGAAGACUCCGAUUCUUUGUCAAUAUGGAAUCAAAUGGAUAUCUUUGAACAGAGGGAUGAUUUGAUGGAUCAACUGGCUACGCGUGCCACUGCCACUCCUACAACUACUACACCUACCACUGCCAUUGCUCCUAGCCACCCUCCAUUCACUGUGAGAACCACUGCGAGAACCAUUGCAAGAAUAACUGCAAGAACUGUCAUGAGAACCACCGCGAGAACCACCAUGAGAAUCACUACAAGAGCCACCGCAAGAAUCACUCAUCCACACUACUACUACAAGCUGAGACCUCACAACCGCCGAAAGGGGGAGGGAUAAAUGAAUAUGAUGAAUACAACAAAUACAGACGAAUACAAAUGAAUACAAUGAAUGUGAUGGAUUUGAAGGAUUUGAGCACUACUGUGCGGUAAUUUCAUGUAUCAGGCCUAGUCCUAAUGAGGAAACUAGGUGCUGCUUUUUGUAAUUAAUUAUUAUUGCGGAUUUGAAUGAUUUGAGAAGGAUAGAUAGAAUAACUGCACGGUAGCUAGUCCGAGGGGGGGUGUGGAAGCCCUAGGCUUCCUAGUACGGACUAGCGCCCCGCACUAAGCAUAUAUCGCUCACU